GCAUUCAAACGGGCGUCGACGUCGUUGAAGGGCAACGCUGUUGGUUGUGUCGCAUGAUCACUGCUAGUUCCUCUGGUGCUCGGAGAAUCGUGCUUUCGUGGUAGUCAUUGUGGGCGAGCAAGGAUCGUUGCCAAUUUUGGAAGGGAAGUGUGAGUUGGGUUUUUGCUGUCGAGGCUCGGCUGAGAAAUCUCUAUCUAUCUAGCCUCCGCUAUGAAGAUUGCGGUGGAGGGUUGCGUCCAUGGUCACCUUGAUGAUAUCUACGCCACUUUGCAGCACUUAGAGAGAGUGGAGAAUGUGAAAAUCGACCUUCUCAUAUGCUGCGGCGAUUUUCAGGCAAUUAGAAAUGAGGAUGAUAUGGAAUCUCUUGCUUGUCCUCCGAAGUACCGCAGUAUGAACAGCUUUUGGAAGUAUUAUGCGGGAGUCGAGCGCGCACCCUAUCCCACCAUCUUUGUAGGUGGAAAUCACGAAGCAUCCAAUUAUUUGUGGGAUCUGUAUUAUGGUGGAUUUGUGGCACCCAACAUCUAUUUUUUAGGCUUUGCUGGCGUUGUGAAGUUUGGCGGCGUAAGAAUAGCGGGAUUGUCGGGGAUUUAUAAGGAGGGUGACUAUCGCAAAGGCCACUUUGAGCGUUAUCCGUAUGAUCCUAGUGACCUCCGGUCAGUUUAUCACGUGAGGGAGUACGACGUUAACAAGCUUUUGCAACUGCAAGGAGCAAUUGAUGUUUUUGUUUCGCAUGAUUGGCCUCGAGGCGUAGUGAAACAUGCUCCUCAACGAGAUGUGGAGCAACUUCUCAGACAUAAACCUUUCUUUCGAAAAGAGGUAGAACAAGAUAUUCUAGGAAGUACUCCAGGCAAGGAGCUGCUUCAUAAGCUAAAGCCUGAAUACUGGUUUUCGGCUCAUUUGCACACAAAAUUUGCUGCUGUGAUCCACCAUCCUAAUAAAAAAGCGACGAAGUUUUUAGCCCUCGACAAGUGUCUUCCUCGUCGUAAUUUUUUGCAGGUAUUCGACGUAGCAGAUACGGAUAGCCCUCUUGAGUUUACUUACGAUGAUGACUGGCUGGCUAUCACUCGGGCACAUCACCCUCAGAUGCCCUUAAGUCGAAGGCCUGUUCAAUGGUAUCAUGUGGAAUUAGAGCCACAUAGGGUGUGGGUUCGGAAGCGACUUGCUGAGAAAGGAUCAACCAUUCCCACAAAAUUCAUCCAGACUGCACCACCGUAUGAACCAAAUAAGCCUGGUGGUAGAGUUGGUAAAUCCUCAGGUCAUCAACGGAAUCCACAAACCGUGGCAUUUUUAGAGCUAUUGGACUUGCCUUAUUUGUUAGAUUCAGAACCACAGUCAACUCCAUGGCAACAACAAGCUCUCUCUCAAGCUGCAGCUGACCCUGAUGAGAUUCCUCUGGAUGACGAAGAUGCUGAAGAAAAAGCGGUUGUACCUGAUGAUAUUGAUGAACUAGAGGCUUCAAGAGACCCAGAUGAAAUAGAGUUACCUGAUGAUGAAAAUGAAGCCAGUUUGUAGCUGAACUUGAACACCUGACACCUUGUAUAUGGACGUUGUACUUCCGCUUUGGACCAUUCAGGUUAAGUCUUCCAAUUGAUGAAAACGUUGACACGUUUGUGCAGAACAUACAUCCCCUAUUUUGAGGGCAAAGCAUACGUUGCUGUUUUCUAAGAGAAAUAACAAUGACAUAUUUGGAAUGGAUGAGGUAAAAACCAGAUACUGUACAUUCUCAUUGCUUAAGAGAUCAACCUUUGAAUACUA